GCCGCCGCUUGCUUCUCCGCUGGGGCCGGGGCCGGGGCCAGGUUUUACUCACCUGUAAAUAGACCUUUUUGGAGCUCAAUGGCGUCCUCUACUGCAGUGCCUCUAGGAUUUCACUAUGAAACAAAAUACGUUGUUCUCAGUUAUUUGGGACUCCUCUCUCAGGAAACGUUUCAAGAGCAACAUCUUUCCUCACCCCAAGAGGUUCAGAAAGAUGAAACUUCACAACCUUUAGAUGAAGAACUUUUAUUAAAAAUUAAAACUGAAAUUGAAAAAGAGUUAAAAUCACUGGAUAAAGAACUUUCUGAAGCCUUUACCAGCACAGGCUUUGACCGUUAUACUUCUCCGGUGUUCAGUCCUGCUAACCCAGAGAGCUCAAUAGAAGAUUGCUUGGUUCAUCUUGGAGAAAAAGUAUCACAGGAACUGAAGGAGCCUCUACAUAAAGCCUUGCAAAAGCUCCUCAAUCAGCCAGUGACAUAUCAGUCCUAUCGGGAAUGUACAUUGGCGACUGCGGUUCAUGCCAGCGGCUGGAACAAGAUAUUGGUGCCCUUGGUUAUGCUACGGCAAAUGCUUUUGGAACUGACAAGACGUGGUCAAGAACCCUUGAGUCCAUUGCUGCAGUUUGGUGUGACAUAUCUGGAGGAGUUUGCUGCAGAGUACAUCAUUCAGCAAGGUGGCUGGGGCACUGUAUUUAAUCUUGAAUUAGAGGAAGAGGAAUACUCUGGUCUUGCUGCAGAAGAUAGCAAUGACAUUUAUAUCCUGCCCAGUGACAACUCUGGACAGAUCAGUCCUCCAGAGUCUCCAACUGUGAUCACCUCCUGGCAGUCAGAAAGCUUACCUGUUUCACUGUCGUCGAGCCAGAGCUGGCACACAGAAAGUUUACCUGUGUCCCUAGGUCCUGAGUCCUGGCAGCAGAUUGCUGCGGAUCCGGAAGAAAUCAAGAGCUUAGAUAGCAAUGGGGCCGGAGAAAAGAGUGAGAAUAAUUCUUCCAAUUCUGAUAUUGUACAUGUGGAGAAAGAAGAAAUACCUGAGGGCUUGGAGGAGUCUGCUCCCGCUUCUGUCAUCUUUCAAGCCAGGGAACUUCAAGAAGUAUUCCCCGAAGCCCCAGCUCCCUUGCUUCCACAUAUCACUGCCACUUCCAUGCUGGAGAUUGAGGAGCCUGAUGUAGAAAUGAUUGCCGUGGAGAAAGUGAGCCCUCCUACAUCUUUGUUUGUAGUACUUGAUGAAGAAGAGGUGAAAGCAGUAACAAGUGAGCCUAUUGAACUGAAGGAAGAAGUGAUAACAGUACUGGAACCUACAAAAACAAUGCUGAGUGGUGAAGAGAUAAAUUUAAGGGAAGAGAGUGCAGAGCCCUCUCCUGCUAGGGAAGAGAAGAUCAUCCUAUUUUCUGAGGGGAAGUCUGUAUUGCUAUUUGGAGGAGCUGCUGCUGUUGCCAUAUUAGCAAUGGCAGUGGGGGUAGCACUGGCUCUGAGAAAGAAUUAGAUUUUUUAGAAGAGAGAAGGCAAGGAUAUAAGGUUUUUAAGUAGUAUCGGCUGAGUUUGAACAUCUGUGGAACUCAGAUAUUUGGGGGACUGUGCUAACCAAAUAGUGGGUUGAUCCACACAUUGAAGACUGAGAUAGGUCUUCAUAUUUGUCUGAUAAAAGUUUCAAGGGCCAUGGCUUAUAAGAUUUAGAAUCUUAUGAGUAAAGUCAACCCUUUAGGUCAAGGUUAUUCAGCCUUGACAUUAAUGGUAUCUUUCAUUUUUGGGGGGCCGUACCUGGUGACGCUCAGGUGUUACUCCUGGCUAUGUGCUCAGAAAUCGCUCCUGGCUUGGGGGGACGAUAUGGCAUGUCAGGGGAUCAAACGGUCCAUCCUAGGCUAGCACACACAAGGCAGACGUCUUAUAGCUUGCUCCACCGCUCCGGCCCCCAUUAAUGGUAUCUUAGGAGUUUAUUCUGAGAUUGGUCUGUGCAUUAAAGGACAUUUAGCAAAACUACUGGCCUCUACCUUUUCCCCAAAUUGUGACAAGCAGAAUUGUCUCCUGACAUUGCCAAAUGUCCCCUGGGAGUAAAAUUGUUCCCUGUGGAACACCAAGGCUUUAGAGGGAGAGGGUUGUAACUUAGAAGAAACUGGAUAGGAGUUCCUAGGCAAGAAGGCUCAAUGACUAAUGAUUUGUGCCCUUGGAAUUGUUUAUCUUUCCUGAUGAACAUGUUUUGUAGCCAUGACUUUGUACUUUUCCUUUCUUCCCUACCUUUUUGGUCCUAUAUUGUGAGAAUGCCUUCCUCUUCAGUCUCUGCUCUCAGGUUACCACUGUACUCCUCUUCUUCACCCCAGGUUCCUUCUAAGACACUCAUGGGCUACGCUGCGUCUUUCAAAUCCCUGGCAUUUCCUACUUUCUCCUUGUAAAUCAACUAACUGCCUAUACUAAUCUUUAAAAACUAAAUUGGGGCUGUAGCAAUUUCACAAUGGUUAGGGCAUUUGCCUUGCAUGCAGCUAACCCAGUUCAAUCACUGGCAUCCUGUACGGUCCCCUGAGCUCGAUAGGAAUGAUUUUUGAGCACAAAGUCAGGAGUAACCCCUGAGUACCAUCAGGUAUGGCCCCAAAUAAUAAUAAUAAUAAUAAAUAAAUAAAUAAAUAAAAGAAUGAAUUUAAUAAAAAGAGAGAACCAGGCCUCCUUCCCUGUGAGAGAAAGGGCAGGCAACUAGGUAGAGAUUUUUCUCAUUUAGAAGAGGGUGGCAUUUGGUUCUCUUCCAGAUUAGUCUGUGGUCCAUGCAACUGAGUUUACGAUGAUUUAUUGCUUGCAUUUCUGUUGCUGGAGGGUCAUUGUAUUUGUCUGUGCUAGUAUCAAACACUCUAAUCUGCCUUGUUGACUAAACAGCCAGAUCCUCUGUGGUUUUUUGCCAUGUAAUUCAUUCUUUGGCUUAUAAACUAAUUGAGUCAUAAUUCAAAUACAGAAAAAUCUCCUAAGUGUCACUAAAAUAAAAAAUAGGAAAUACAAGCACAAUCAAGCUACCAUUUUAGCUGUAAGCUACCUUCAAGAUUUUAAGUUUGGCUAAGAAUAAAGUUCCAGGAUAGAAUUCCAAAA